AUGAAGCUUGACCAAAUCUUCAACUCUUACGAUUAUGAGGAUGAUGAUAAGGUGCUUAUGGCUUCCUUGGUGUUUGAAGGUUAUGCUAUGAAUUGGUGGAAUCAAAUCACCAUGGACAUAGCUAGAAGAAGGCGAUUGCCAAUUUCUACAUGGGAGCAAUUAAAGGUAUCUAUGAAGGAAAAAUGUGUGCCUCCUUAUUAUAAAAAACAGAUCUUCAACAAAUUACAACGACUUACACAGGAAAAUAAGAGUGUUGAAGAGUAUGUUCAAGAGAUGGAGGUCACCUUGAUGAAAGCUGAAGUGGAAGAAACACAUAUGGCUACAAUGGCUAGAUUCUUGAAUGGAUUAAAUAGGGAGAUUCAAGAUGUGGUGAAAAUGCACCAUUAUGAGACCUUGGAGGAUCUUAUUCACCAAGCCACCAAAGUGGAACAACAACUCAAGAGACGAAGCGCCUAUAGGAAGUCAUCCACCUCAUGGAGAGAUACGGAGAAAUAUAAGAAGGAGGAAGCUACUUCUACCAUUCCUAAAUCUAAGGAGAAGGAGUCCUCAAAUGGUAAAGUAACUUCUCAAGCUAGUAAUAAUGAUUCUUCACGUUCUAGUGCAAUAAAAUGUUUUAAAUGUUUGGGUAGAGGACAUAUCGCAAUUGAAUGUCCCAACAAAAGAACUAUGAUGUUGUUGGCGAAUGGUGAGUACAUUAGUGAGCAUUCCGCGGGUGAAUCAUCUGAAUCAUCUAGUAGUGAUGAGGAGGAAAAUGAGUGUGAAGUCCCCCCUGUGGAGGGAGAUCUCUUGAUGGUUAGGCGGUUGUUGGGUAGUAUGAAUAAAGAGGAAGAUGAGACCCAAAGAAGAAAUAUUUUCCAUUCUAGAUGUAUGGUUAAAGGAAAGGUGUGUUCACUCAUCAUUGAUGGAGGAAGUUGUACAAAUGUAACUAGUAAACGGCUAGUGGAAAAGCUUGGUUUGGUGACAUCUAUGCACCCUAGUCCUUAUACUUUGCAAUGGUUGAGUAAGGAUGGAGAAUUGGUGGUAGAUAAGCAAGUGAACAUUGCUUUCUCUAUUGGUAAAUAUGUCAAUGAGGUAGUAUGUGAUGUGGUACCUAUGGAGGCGAGUCACUUAUUGUUGGGGAGGCCUUGGCAAUAUGAUAGAAAGUAUGAUGAUGUCUUUCCUAAAGACAUCCCUCAUGGUUUACCUCCUAAAAGGGGAACUGAGUAUAAUAUGGAUCUCAUUCAGGGUGCAUCCCUUCCUAAUAGGCUAACCUAUAGGAGUAACACAGAAGAAACUAAAGAGAUACAGAAGCAUGAGGCGCAACUUAUGGACAAAGGAUCGAUUCAGGAAAGUUUGAGUCCUUGUGCUAUUUUAGUCAUUCCGGAGAAAGCUUAA